AUGGUAGAAAAGCAAAUCGACGAAUUUUUCUGUCCAAUUACCCUUGAAAUAAUGGAAGACCCAGUAAUCGCUGCUGAUGGCCACACUUAUGAGCGAUCAGCCAUCACUGACUGGAUUGAAAAAAACAACCUAAGUCCUUGAACUGGUGAAGAGUUAGCUAACAAGAAUCUUAUCCCAAAUUUUGCUUUACGCUCCUUAAUCCUCGAUUUUAAGAAAUCAUUUUCUGGCGAAGACUCUCAGCUUGUAAACGAUAUGAGAAUUCAUAUCGAGGCCAAGAAAAAUUUAAUUGAGCAUAUAAAGAAAUCAAUAACCACCCUUACAGAACUAACUCGUCUAUUUAAGAAUGAGCAAGAUUUUUUGCUUGCUCUUAACCUGGGAUGGGCUUUUUCUAUAUUUAUAAGGCUAUUCAAGGGAAAGCCCUAUACCUUAAAAUUUUUUUUUGUAAUUAUUGAAUCAGAAAUCUAAUUUAAUUUAAGGAAAUAUAGAUAUUUUGUUAUAUAAUUGACAGUGGAGUUAUUUGAAUUUUUCUUUAUUUUUAAAUGUUGAAGUAAGUCAUGAUCUAGAAGAGCAUCUUUUCAGAUGCAAAGUUUCUAAUACAUCAGGAAACAUUGGGACAAUAGCAGGGACUGCGCUGCUCUUUACCACUGUUCCAAUAUAUGGGGCUAUAGCCCUAACUGUUGGAGGGCUGACUUCGCUUGGAACUUCAAUAACUCAGUAUUUUAUUGAAAAAAAUAAAAAAGAACAGAUCAGGGAAGUGCUUAAGGAAGAAGAAGACGCAGAAGAAGUUUUUAAUUCGACAUUUUUGACUCUUGGGAAUUCAAUAGAUGCUGGAAAAAGUACAGCUCAGGCUUUGUUUAUGCUAACUCACUCUUUCUGAAAAGUAAUUUUUGCUCAUAACAGAUUAAUUUAUUUUAUUUAUUUAUUUAUUUUAAAAGAAUAUUAAUAAUUUAUUUAAUUUUGAUUCUAAUAAUAAUUAUUUAUAUAAUUUUUAUUCAUAGGAUGGGUUUUCCAAAAAAAUCAUUUUUCCAAUGAAAUUUGCUUAAGAAAGGAUAUGGAAUAAGCAAAAUCAGAAAAUCUACGAUUUUAGUGAGAGCGUAUAAUAAUUUUAAAGCAACUAGCGCAGCGAAUUUAGCUUUGAAUUCAGCACAGACAGCAAGUGCAGCAAAGGCAAUUACUUUUCCAAAGGCACUCAAAAUAGGUGCGAGGGCCAAGUGGUUUGGAUUCGUUGGGGCAGCACUGAGUGCUGCUGAUAUAUAAAGCUUUGGCUAAAUUUUAGGGGCCUUUGGCAUGAUACGAUCUAUUUUUAGACUUUUAUCCUAAAAAAAAAUGGCUUUUUUAAACUGAAGAAGUAUUAUAGCCCAUACAUCAUAGUAAUGACGUGGAAAAUGGACAAUGAAACCCUUGAACAAAUAAAGCAGUGCAUUAAAGACAGAGAAAACAAGUUAAAGCUGCAAGAAGAAGGAGCUGCUGAACUAGAAAGGAUUAUCAAUUAAACUAUUAACCAUAAUUUAUUUUUCAUAAUGCCAAAUCUAUAUAUAAGAGAGCUCUUGGAUAUUCCUAAUAUUAUCAAAAAUCAUCCUUUGCCAUUUUAUUAUUUAAUAGAAAGGAUCAUGGAGAAUAAUGAUUGUUUAUAA